AUGUCCCUUUACGAGAAAGACUGUUCCGAUGUGCCUCCUCCAAUAUCACUUUCGUUCCUUACGACGGUCAUUUCCUUCGUCCUGUUUUUCUUUAUAGUGCCCACAAACUUUCUCAUCUGCUGGGCGGUGUACAAGCAGCGACGAAAACUGCUGCGAAAUGCGUUUAACUGCUUGGUAGUCAAUUUGGCAUUUGCCGACCUUGUUGUUGGCCUUAUCGCGCUGACGAUAUCUACCAAUGUUCACCUGCUGGAGGCAUUAACAAAUCAUCCUGACUUACCAGUUCUUGCAGUGGCUCACGUAUCGUAUUUCAUCUGCUGCUCGGCAUCAACUCUCAGUCUCACAGCAAUGGCUGUCGAUCGUUACAUCGCUGUGGCGCGUCCAGUUAUCUACAGGAACAAAAUACGCCCAAGCCAUGCGCUCGCUGUAUCGGUUUGCGUUUGGAUUGUAUCCAUUUCCCUGCCGUCAGUGCUGUAUUUCGAAAUAGGAUUCAUUAAAUAUGCCUUUGUUUUCGCCAAUAUGGCAAUCUUUGCGACCGUAAUUAUAUUUUUCUUCUCGUACAUCUCCGUGUAUCACAAACUUCGUACACAGUUUCAGAUGUCGUCGCAUCUUCAUUCCGGCAUGAACUUUGAAAGCGCCAAUAAAAGGGCUCUUGAACAGGAAAAGCGCAUAGCGAAGACAUUCGUGCUCAUACUCGCUGCAUACCUCAUCUGUUAUACCCCUUCGUGCGCGAUUAUCUACACUUUGAACUUAUGCCACAGUUGCAGCUGCAUUACGAUUCAUUGGCUACGAGAUCUUCAGUAUGUUUUCAUCUGGCUAAACUCAAGCCUCAAUCCUUUUCUUUAUUCUUGGCAAAUUCCAGCCUUCAGAGAAGCUGUUUUAGACAGUAUGCCUCUUAAAAGAGGAAGAGGUUUGAACCAAGUUGCUCCUGGCCAGUCGUUAGAAAUGAUCGAGGACAAUUCAAUCCUUCGAGCGAGAGUAACUAUCUCUUAGAGGAGAAGGUCUCGAGCUUGUGCAUUGACUUUCUAAAUGCAAUUUCUGUUUUAUUUUAAAUAAUGAAAUUGUUCAGGAUCAAGAAAAAACAAACUUCUACGUUGAGAUGAAUCUUAUAAAAGACUGAAAAUUUGGCACUUUGCUAAGGAGAGACAUAAAUAUUAGAACGAUCA